CUACCAGCGGAUAUAUUUUUUUGCGGGUUUCUUCAGUUUUGAUGUCGUCGCUGCAACGAAACUUGGCGUUAAUUUAUUGUUUUUUGACGCGCGCGCUCGGCGCACGCGAGAAAAUGCUCCAAUGGAGGCUGCGUAGCAUUUCCGCGGAUAAUCUGGAAAAUGAGAGGAAGAAGAUGAAGCUGAGAAAUGGAAGCUCGGUCAUAACUAGCGAUACAUAAUUGAGAAGCUGUGAUGAAAGAGCCGCGGUGGUAACUUGUAUUCCCCGCUGGAUAUCUCUUUUUCCUCCAGGGCACACUAUUUGUCCUGAUAUUUGAUAGUUGAUGGUGAUAAAGAGGUCAUACCAACAUUUGCACGGGACGUUAAUAAUUCCGCACGCAUUCUUCUUCUUUUCCUGGGCUGAAAAAUGUGCAUUUAAUGUCUCAUAAAUUUCAGUUUAAAUGUUAUACCAGGAGAAUUAGAGCUCCACUUAGGGGGAAUAAUGAAAAACAGAGGAAGCUUCGGAACAUUUUUUAAAAUAUAUUUAGUACUGAACACUUGUGUUUAUUUUAUUUUUUGUAACUUUCCCCUUUAAAUUAAAAUGCGACUUUAAUCGGUUUGUGGAAACAAAUGAUAGAUUUAACAAACAGCCAAUUAAAGUCCAAAAUGAUUCAAAUCACUCUCAAGUGUAACCAACUGUUUCAAGGAGGAAUGUGAGUAAAGGUGGGCUGGUGUUUGAUGGCGUAAAACUCCGCGUUGUUAUUCAUCUACUGUUGUUGCCACUUGGCGUGUUUUGCGUCUGUUCGUGUAUUUUUCACGUAAUAACGACCCACUGGCUCGGUUUGGUCCGUAGGAUCCUGUUUUACCCGUGUUUGGGGCAGAGCGGUAUCGAUUCAUCACUUGGGGGCACCUUAAGAGGCGGGUCAAUUGAGUGAAGUGACAGAUCAUACAGCCAGUGGCGUGCCGCCUAGACCGAGCUCAUACAUAAAGAUUGACAUGUCCUUUAUCAAACCAGAAAUCAGAUCUUGUCUUUACAGCCAAUAUUGAAGUUGCUAGGGAGGGCACAUUAGUGUAGGUAAGGUUUAAUGAGACUCCAUUGGAUUGUAAUCAGCGUCAUGUCGGAUUCAUGUAAACUACAACAUUGUAACAAAAUGGCGACUGUUUAGGUGACAUCAGUUAUGCUGGCAACACUGUGAUUUAGAGGUUCAACUCCGCGGAACACCAACUCCGGGGCUUGUUACGUAGUUCUCGCCGGUUCCUUUCGUCGCUGAACGGCUGCGUGGGCUUUGCAGACGUGCCUCCGGCGUCCGGCAGCAGCUGUCAAGGAAUUUAAUCUGGGAUUUUAUUAAUAAAUAAAGUUCCUGAUCAGCUGAUUCCUACCAGUGUGGAUUUUACUUUUUUUUUUUUUUUUUUUUUUUUACAACUUUUUGCUCAAGUUAACUUGGGAUUGAGACGGGACAACAAGUGUGUGGAUGCUUCCAUGGAGCAUAACCUCUUGACCUCCUUGAGGAUGUGGAUGUACCCAGUUUUCACCUGCAGAAAGGGGGAACCUUUAUGGAUCGCACAUUUUUGAAGUGAAUUGCUCAAUCAUGGUAAAACUUGCAAAUCCUCUGUACACGGAGUGGAUUCUUGAAGCAAUACAGAAAAUCAAAAGGCAGAAGCAAAGGCCCUCGGAGGAAAGAAUUUGCCAUGCGGUGGCCACGUUGCAUGGACUGGACAAGAAGACCAUCCUUGAACAGUUGGAAUUAAGCGUUCUUGAUGGCUCUAUCCUCAAGGUUACAAAUAAGGGGAGCACCUCCUACAAGGACCCCGGGAACCUGGGAAGACUCGGAUCGGUUUUGCCUGCGAACACAUCUGUGCCAUCAAAGGAUUCUAUAUGGGAAUCGAGCGAUCUGCGCCACAUCGAUUGGAAUAAAAUACUUAGGAGGGCCAUCGAUGGUCUGGAUGAUACCCACGGCUCCUCUCUAAAGAACAUCGAGCGCUAUCUGAGGAAUCAGGACGACCUGUCAAACGUUGUUGAUAACCCUGCUUUCCGGCAGAGGUUGCGACUGGCAGCAAAGCGGUCCGUCAAUAACGGCAGAUUGUUGAAGAACGGUCCGAGGUAUAAGUUCAGCCAUGGUGGCGUGGAGGGAAGGAGCUCCAGGUGUCCAAGUGCUUCCCCCUUGCUCCUGUCAUUGGUGACGCUCCUCCCACACGAACGAGACCAGCUCCGGGUCGACCCCAUCCCAAUAUGCAGUUUCUGUCUCGGAACAAAGGAGUCCAAUCGAGACAAGCGAGCAGAGGAACUGCUGUCCUGUGCAGACUGUGGAAGCAGUGGGCAUCCAUCAUGUCUGAAGUUUUCCCCUGACUUGACCUCAAACGUGAAAAAACUACGAUGGCAGUGCAUCGAAUGCAAAACUUGCAGCUCCUGCCGGAUCCAGGGCAAAAACGCAGAGGAGAUGCUGUUCUGCGAUUCAUGUGAUCGGGGCUUUCACAUGGAGUGCUGCGAUCCACCGCUUUCAAGAAUGCCAAAAGGAACCUGGAUCUGCCAAGUCUGCAGGCCCAAGGAGAACGAGAAGAAACUACUGCACAAGAAGGCCGAUCAGAUCAAACGUCGAUAUGCAAAGCCAAUGGGAAGGCCCAGAAAUAAGCUCAAACAAAGAAUGUGUGUAACCAGUGUUGAUGGCUCCAUGGUAGCACUUGGAGGAAGGGGGUCACCUGGUAGGGGUCAAAAGAUUACCGUCUGUUCCUCACCUUCAUCUGGUCAUGCUGCAUCUGUGAAGGACGCCAGAGACAGAUUGGCUGUUGCAGAGCCUUGUUGUGUGGUCAACGCCUCCCAAUUCACCACCUCCACCUCCCCUCCCACCACCACCCCCACCUCCCACACGCCCACCUCCACUCCAGCCACACUCACUAUUAACAAGAAAACCAAAGGGCUUAUUGACGGGCUUUCCAAAUUCUUCACUCCUUCCCCAGUGGGCCGUCGCUCGCGAGCUUUAGCCGUAGAGUCGCCCAGCCUGUUGUACUGUAGGGACGAGGGUCCGCCCGAGCCGGCCAAGCCUCCAGAGCCGUUUGCCUUCGCUGCUGAUGCCGCUCAAAAAAUAACCCCUUCAUCCUCUGCACUUCCUCCCGCUUCCACUUUACCAGGACCUAGCCCCCCCUUACAGGUGUCCAGCAGCUCCACCUCUGCUAACUCGCCUCAGAGCUCUUCCAGCCAGUCUAGUGUUCCCUCCCUGAGCAGUCUCUGCAGUAGCAGCCAACUGAAGGGACUUUUUGAUGGACUUUCUCACAUUUAUACCACUCAGGGACAGUCGCGGAAAAAGAGACCACCUUGCUACGCGCCGCCUAAGCGCAUGCCCCUUAAGCAGGAUUUCUCCAAAACAGGGUCCCAGUGCCUUGGAAAAGGCGAGUUUAGCAAAAGUAGGUUACACUCUACGUCUGCCGGGCCCGGCCGACCCAGAGGACACGCUUUUAAGAUGCUCGGUCAUUUCAAACGUAACCCUUUCCUUAAAAAGCACAGGACGCUAGGCAGGCUCAGGUAUAAAGUGAGCCCUCAGAAGGGAGCCCCCUCGCCAGGAAAGGGAGACUCAGACGGAAGAAUUAAGCCUGAGAAUAUUCAUGCGGAUCACAGUGCUGUGCUGCACGCCAAGCAGAGAGUCCAAGCCCACUAUGUGGCCAUGUCCGGUGACCACGUCACUGAAGAGGAUGCGGAAACCUUCGCACGAGUGCAGGAACUCGCAGCUCAGAAAACGGGAUCACUGACGUGCACGGAUUCGAGUCGAUGCCCGUCUGUCAUUGAGUUCGGGAGUUAUGAGAUCCAGACGUGGUACUCCUCACCGUACCCCCCUGAAUAUUCAAAAUUACAAAAGCUUUAUCUGUGCGAGUUCUGCCUGAAGUACAUGAGAAGCAAAAACAUUCUCCAGAGGCACACAAAGAAGUGCGGCUGGUUCCAUCCACCAGCCAAUGAAAUCUACAGAAAGGACAACCUUUCCGUAUUUGAGGUUGAUGGAAAUGUCAGCAAACUAUUCUGCCAAAACCUCUGCCUGUUAGCCAAGCUUUUCCUGGAUCACAAAACCUUGUAUUAUGAUGUGGAGCCUUUCCUCUUCUACAUACUUACAAAGAACGAUGAGAAAGGCUGUCAUCUUGUGGGCUACUUCUCUAAGGAAAAGCUUUGCCAGCAGAAGUACAAUGUCUCCUGCAUAAUGAUCAUGCCUCAGUACCAAAGGCAAGGAUUUGGAAGGUUCCUUAUUGAUUUCAGUUACCUCCUCACCAGGCAAGAAGGACAAGUUGGCUCCCCGGAGAAGCCGCUGUCAGAUCUGGGUCGCUUAUCCUACCUGGCAUAUUGGAGAAGUGUCAUACUGGAGCACCUUUAUAUGCCCCCAGAUAAACACAUCAGUAUUAAAGGAAUAAGCAGAGCCACUGGGAUGUGUCCGCACGACAUCGCCGCCACUCUCCAGCAGCUCGGCAUGAUUGACAGACGAGAUGGCAGGACUGUGUUAGUCAGAAGAGAGCGACUGAUCCAGGAGCACAUGGAGAGGCUGAGAGCCUGCCCACGCCAGAGAGAAGUGGAUCCAAAGGCCUUACGGUGGACUCCUUCCUCCACUCUCAACCCCGUCCUGUCUGAGGAGGAGAGGGAGGUGGAGAUGGAUGCUGAGCGGCUGAAGGAGCGGGCCAGUUGCUGGGAGAAGGAGGAGAGGGAGGGCUACACCGUGACUCACGGACACAGGCAGCCUCUCACCAAGGUCCACUGCAAGAUCCCCUUCCGGACCUAUCAGCGGCGGCCCACUCCCACCUGGACCAGGCGAAUCCAGCAGCCGGAGGCAGUAAGCGACGACGAAACCGAUGAGGACUCCGAUGCCUCGCCGCCCGUCCUGAAAAAAGCUCACGCGAUACUGGCCGCCAAGAGAAAGAGAACCGCCAUUCUCAAGAAGAGAGGCCGUAAAAGGAAGCAGAUAAACAGCAGCGUGACGACAGAAACCAUCUCUGAGACCACGGAGGUCUUGAAUGAGCCGUUCGAUAACUCCGACGACGAACACCCCAUGCCCCGGCUAAAGCGCAGCUCAAGAGGGGACGAGAUGGAAGAUGACGACGAUGAGGAGGAGGAGACCCGAAAGCUGAAGACUGUAACUGUGCCUAUGAAGCGGCGGAGAGGUCGCCCAAGGCUGGAGAAAAACAAGCUGACGAGCAAUCGCGAGUUCUGGAGUGAAGAUUGCCUUCUGUCUAAGAGAACAAGCAAACCUCGUCCAGUGAAGCGGAAGAAGGGCUGGCCCAAAGGAGUGAAGCGUGGCCCUCCUAAAUGGAGGUUAAAGAAUGAACGAAAGAUGGGCUUCAAGCUGAACCUCUACACUCCUCCUGAGACACCAAUGGAGGCAGAGCAGCAGCACGAGGAGGCAAAACAGGAUCCAGACCAGGACUUUGGAAGUGCAGAUGAAGGCAGCAAAGAAGGGAGAGGUUUUUCUAGUCCAGUCAUGAUGCAAGAGGAGGUCCACUGUCCACCCUCGAGUCCUCCUCAACAUCUAUCCCAACAUCUAAGCUCCCCUGAAAGGUCCCUGGAGACGUCUCCGGUGUGUUCUCCUGCUGGCUCUGUCGAUGCGGUUUCUCCUGCAGCCGUGGAAAGAGGGGACUCCACGGAGCCAGCUGAGGAGGACCAACAGGGAAGUGGACGUGAGCAAGACUCAUCAGCCAAAGAUUUGGAUCAGAGCCCUGAGGGGGCCGUCUCCCUGAAGACCAACAGUGUUGAGGAGGUGGAGCUUCAGGAUGCAGAUGAUGAAAGCCACAGCAAGGCAGCAGGACCCAACAGCUGCGCGGAAGACUUUGAAAAUCUUCCAAAGGAGACCCCAAAAUGUGCCCAGCCCUUUUUAAAUCCAAAAGAUAACAAUGGCUCUGAGUCGAGUCCGGAUGUAUCUAAAGUUGUGAGCGCAGAGGAACCAGCUUCUUCUGCAGAACACCUGCAGGAGGCAGUGGCUGAAACGACAGCUGCAAAGCAGACACCUGAGGCUGUGGCAGUCGCUACGAUAGCAGCUGUGGACUCUGAUAAUCCUGCAGACUCUGAGUCAGAGGAGGAAUGCACGCCGAGUUCCGCUCCAGACCGGCCGCCUCUGCCGUCUGCAGUGAGGUCGACGCUCAGCCCUGUCCUGAGAGAGGAUCCCCCAGUUUGCACAGAGAUUGACUCAGAGACCGUCCAAGCUGUUCAGUCUCUGACACAAGAAACCGAGGCGGAGAAUAUUUUCCAGGACUGCGUGGAGAGCCAGGAGCCCUGCAGGCGCCUGCAGACCUAUGCUCACGUGGCUCAAAGCCCCCAGCUCACCUCACUGGACGAUUGCCCCCAUUCGGACCACAGCAGCCCUCUGUCUUCUGCACAGUCCCACCCGAGCCAGUCGGUGCGCUCCGUUAACAGUCCUGCCGUCUCCAUCCUAGAGAGCGGCUACACUCAGAUCAGUCCCGACCACAGCGCCAUCUCUGUGCCGUCCCUCCACAACAUGGAGACCAGUCCCAUGAUGGACGUGCCGUCAGUGUCGGAUCACUCCCAGCAGGUGGUGGACAGCGGCUUCAGUGAUCUGGGCAGCAUUGAAAGUAACGCGGAGAACUACGAGAACCCCAGUAGCUACGACUCCGCCAUCGGGGGUAGCAUCUGCGGGGCCGGCCCUUCCCAGAACAGCUGCUCGUAUGGCAGCAUCCCCACCAGUGGCCUGCCCCAAAGCAGCUGCGCCGUCAGCCAACAAAUGGCCGCCGUUAAUCCCGGCAGCUGUGGGAUGAUUCAGCAGAACAGUCUGAGCUCGCCCCCACACUGCAGCGUCAAGUCGCCCCAGGGCUGCGUGGUGGUGGAGAGGCCCCCCAGCAACAGCCAGCACAGUCAACACAGCACCCAAAGCAGGCAUGGCCCUCACAAUCAACUUAGCCAACACAAUCAGCACGGUCCACACAAUCAGCUAGCGCCGCACGCCCAACAAAACCCCCACAACCAGCAUAGCCACCACCACAAUCAUCACCUGCAGCACAAUCAGCUCAGCCAGCACAAUCAGCAUGUUCAGCAUAGCCUUCACAAUCAACACAGUCAGCACGGCCAGCAGCAGUGCGCCAUACCCACCAACUUCACCACCACCAUGCAGCUGGCAGAUAUCCCCGAGUCUGGGAACCCCAACUUCAGCCUGUAUGAGAGGAUUAACCACCAGGGGGAGUACGGCGGCGGCCACUAUCCUCAGUCGUCCGGUUUGAGUCUGGCCAAACUGCAGCAGUUCACCAACACCUUCAUCGACCAUCCUCACUCUCUGCCUUUCAACCACUCCGCCUCACACCCCAUCACAUCUUAUGCAAACACCCCGUCACAGCACUCCAGUAUUGUGUCUUUGUCCCAGACCCCGCAUCGAGUCCCUAACCCCCAGGUGCAGGCCACCAUGACCCCCCCCCCCAAUCUGAGCUCACCCCCCCACAUGAUGCUGCAGCGCAACAUGGGCAUCCCGCCCUCACAGCGGAUCCAGCCCCAAAUGACAUCGAAGAGUCACAUGUCGGCACGCUCCAAGUCCACUCCGCUGUCGCACCACCACCAGCAGCAGAUGUACGCCCGACCGCCGCAGACCGUGGCCAUGCAGGCCCCGUCCAGGACGCUGGCCGCCAUGCCGCGCAUGAACAUGAGCGUGAACAUCAUGCCGGCGCCGGGCUACAAUGUCAACUCCAUGAACAUGCCCUCUCUGAACGCCAUGAAUGGCUACAGCAUGAGCCAGCCCAUGAUGAACAGCGGCUACCAUGGCAACCAUGCCUACAUGAACCAGUCAACACAGUACUCUAUGCAGAUGGGCUUGAUGGGAACACAGCCAUACCCCCAGCAGCCCAUGCAGGCUCCACCACAUGGCAACAUGGUGUAUCCUCCUGCUGGUCACCAUGGUUACAUGAACACGGGCAUGUCCAAGCAGUCCCUGAAAGGGCCUUACGUCAGGCAGUAACCCCCCACCCCGCAGGACUACGCUCGUUCUUCUCGCGUGCAUUUAGCUGUGUUUUUUUUUUUUUUAAAGAUGCACUGAUCUGGCCUUUUCUUUUUGUGCGUGUGUGUGCGCGUGUGCGUGCGUGUCUUUCCUUUUCCGUUUUAUUACUUAAAAACCAGCAGCAGCACUUGGAAAGAAUGCAAAAAGUUUCCGCGAGUAAACUUUAAAGAGUAUUUUUGUUCGUUCAGAUGGGAAGCCUUACAUCGUUACGAUGAAAAUAUAUUUAAGUAGUGUUAGUGUCCGACGUGUCGGGUUCUGAGCUCAGACAUAGAUUUUAUCAGUGCUCUUGCAGUCGUGUAGCAGCCUCAGAUGAAGCCAUUUAAUGUGCCUGCUACAAGUGGACAUAGUGGCUGUUUGAACCUGUUCAGUGUACCUGUCUAACAGUGCUGACAAUUAGUUUGUACUAUACUCUUUGCCUUUGCAUAUUUAAAUUAUUGUACUUAUUUUGUAAAGUGACACCAAGCAUGCUUCAGUCUCUGUUAGUGACAGUGCAUUGAGUAGUACUGUACAAGUGUUGUGCUUAAUGGCAAGCCAUUUUAAAAAUAUCUUGCCUUUUAUUAGGUUUUCCCUCCACGGGGAGAAAGAUGAAACUAUAUUUUGUUAAAUCUAAUAAUGUAAAAAAAAAAAUAUGUAAACUUAGUCCUGUUUUCUGUUUGGUUUGAGAGGUUUUAUUGCGAUGUAUGUAUAAUUCUGAAGUCUUUUUGUAACAGAUCUCCUCGAGGCAGCUUUCUGUUUAAUAAAGCAGACUGAUUUCUGUCAUAAUAACAAAGCAUAUCUCAGUGUUUGUACCCUGUUGAUUCUAAAACAUUUCAGGAUGUCAAGAAAUGUGGCAGAAUUUAAAGAAACUAAAUGAUUAUAAAAAGGAAUAACAAUAAAGAAGAUAUAAAUUUAGUCCAAAGUCAAUAUUUUACAUAAUGCCUUUAAAGCUACGUUUUCAUUCCAUCUGUAGAUUUGUUUUCUAUCUUUAUAAAAUGUCGAAUUUAUAUUUUACCGAAGUGUAGAAGAAUAGAGCCUGUGAAUAGACCAAACUAAGCUAAUGGAUUGCAUGUAAAACGCAACUUGUAUUUGUGUUUUUGUUAAUAUUGCUCUUUUGUAGCCUUUGUACCUGUACAGAGUCGCUGGAUUGAACAGGAGGAAAAUACCUGGGGAUGUGCACACAAAUCAGAGAGAACGACAUUCUUGUAUUUAUGACUUUUCUCCUUUUGUCAGUCAUUUAAAAUGCUGUACAUUUUAGCAUAAAAAUAAAUUAUGAUUGACCAUCUAAA